AUGCCUGUAACUGCUCUCCGCGCUGUGUCGAAGGCGCAGAAUGGUGUCGGCGCAUUCGUACUCCAGUGCAAGCGCCUGGACUUCCAUUACUGCGAUUGGGCGGGGGCUUCGAGAGGCAUGAAGUCAUUUAUAGCUCACAAGCUUGCAGACUUCGCAAAAGCAAACCCCCAAAUUGAGAUUACCGUGUCACCUAGACCCAACCAGCACCCCAUAAUAAGAGGCAGCUACAUCAAUGGCCGAGAGAAGGUUAUCUGCGUGCGAAAACUCGACCAUCUACAAAUUCUUCAGAAAGCCGAACUGCUACGCAACUCCUCUGGCCAGAAACUCAAGAAGUUCAGCAAGCCCGUGAAGUCUAUGAACGAGGGUGCCAGAGGAAUCUUUUCGCCGUACCAUGGAGAGAAGCACGUUAUAUAG